AUGACGAACAAAAGAGGAAAUAGCGAAGAAACGAAAAAUCAAAACAUUUUACUAUUUAAGAAUAGUUUAUCAGAAAAAUCGACGCUAGGGUUUUCAGAUUUUGUACCGGAGAAGGAGGAGGAAGUCGCUAGAAGCAAGAGGUCGUCAGGAUCUGCUGUGUCUUUGCCGUCUGCCCUUUGGGGGUACAUUCUUUGCAGUCCUCUCACCGAUAAGUUUAUGGAUUUCAAUUCUAGAUUUGAAUAUGCUCAUCGUAUGGCACUUAUAUCUGAUGACAUUUAUAAGGCUGCAAUAGGAAAUUGUCGUGGUAAUUAUGUGAACAUGAAUACUGCCAAUUCGAUAUGCAUAGAUAGUCUUCAAAGAUACAUGGAGUGCACAAGUGGACUAAAUAUGGAAAAUAUAUUGGAUCCGCUUUGUAAUAAAUCGGAUGUGAAGCCAUAUUGUCGUGAGCACUAUUACAAUUUUGGAGAAGAUUGGAUGAAUGAUGAGGCUGUGCAACAAGCUCUUAAAGUUCGCAAGGGAAUGAUUCGAAAAUGGGAGUUAUUCAACAUGACGAUGCAUUACUUUGAAGGAAAAAAUGAUACAUUUUGUUAUGCUUAUGAUAUCUUUAGUAGUUUUGCAUACCACAAGAAACUUGUUAGUAAAAAUUGUCGAGCUUUGAUCUUUAGUGGUGAUCAUGAUAUGACAUUUCCAUAUGUUGGAAUCGAGCAAUGGAUAGUUGCUCUUGAUCUAGAAAUUGAUAGCCCAUGGAAGCCGUUCUAUAUUAACAAUCAAGUCGGAGGAUAUGAAAUGACAUAUGCACAAAAGGAAUUCUCCUUGGCAUUUGCCACCGUUAAAGGUGCGGGUCAUUCAGUGGCACAAUACAAGCCAAAAGAAGCUAUGGCUUUAGCUGAGAGGUGGCUUGCUUCGAAAACUUACUCAAGCUCAAUGUAG